CACGUCUUCAUGCCUGCCGAAUGGUUACUUUAACCCAGUGUUCAUCAAACGAGCACCUCUCUCUUUCUCAAUUCCUCUUUCUCCCUCUCUCUUCUCAACUCCAUCUUGUACUCUGACUUCAUGUCCACAAAUGUCGUACCGGGGGGCCAAAAGGCAGCAAAUACUCCCUCCAACAAUGUUGCUCUUGUCUUUGGUGCAGCAUUUGCCCUACGUCUAGGAUUGCUCAACUUGCCAGCGUUUCCCAGCAUUCUGGCGGACCAGGUUGAGAUCUCGACUCCCAUCACCAGUUUUAAGAGGUUAUCAGAAGGCGUGUUUCUCUUCCGUAAUGGCGUACCACCAUACGAUGGUGGGGUAUUUCACCAGGCGCCUUUGCUUCUAGGACUGUUCUAUCUCAUCAUUAAUAGUCCGCCGUUAGUGAAUGCAUUGUACAUUCUCGUUGAUCUAGCAAUUGGAUACAUGCUGCUACAAAUCACAGCAAUAAAGGAAAGGGAUUCGACGAGUGAGAAGAAGAUUAUGCAGUAUGGUGAUAAGACUGAGGAGUCAGGAAUGAGCGGUCUUACAGUGGCGAGUCUUUAUCUCUUCAAUCCGUUCACAAUUGUCAGCUGUAUCGGGAAAAGCACGAUCCUGUUCUCCAACAUGGCAGUUGUAGCAGGGAUAUGGAUGGGAAUGAAGCGCAACAAGGGCCUUGCCAUGUUCAGCAUAGCAUUGGCGACAUACCUCUCUUUCUAUCCUGCCAUGCUCAUGAUCCCAGUCGUAUUAAUGCUCACUCGAGGAGAUAUUGGCAAACAGCAACAAAAGCGGAUUUCAGUCCAAUGCGGGGCUCUAUUCCUGGCUUGCCUGAUAUCUCUUUUCUUGCUCUCCUUUGUUUUAGUGGAUUCUUGGAGCUUCUUUUCUGGCGUCUAUGGCACCAUAUUGGCUGUCACCGAUUUGACACCCAACCUAGGUCUACUCUGGUAUUUCUUCAUUGAGAUGUUCGACCACUUCAGAUCUUUCUUCCUUAUUGUCUUUCAGCUCCAUGUCUUUAUCUUUGCUGUACCAGUUUCUAUCAAACUUUGGAAAUAUCCCUUGUUUGUAUCUUUCAUUUUGUGUGCCAUUAUGGGAACAUUUAAAGGCUAUCCUUCGAUUGGAGAUGCCGCACUAUAUCUCGGGCUCUUGCCUUUAAGCUCAGAGAUUUUCAAGUAUAUGCGUUAUACAUUCCUUGUUGUGAACCUUUUCCUGUAUUCUUCGCUCUUAGCACCUAUCUUUUGGUACCUCUGGGUAUAUGUGGGGAGUGGAAAUGCAAAUUUUUUCUAUGCGAUUGGGCUAGUCUACGGGAUUGGUGAGAUCAUCUUGAUGAUUGACACCACAUUUGCAAUCUGCCGUCGCGACUUUGAGAUAUUGUCACCACCCGAAACGUCGGGCGAUCCCGCUUCUUUGGGCUGGGAUCGAGAGGUUGUUCAAAAAUAAGAAUAAAAAUUAAUGGUGGCUGUGUGUGCGAU